GUGUGCAACAAACAUUUUUGUACGUGUCCCAUAGUGGCUACGCCCACCCCACCCCCACAAGUGAGUGACAUGGUAUGUCUCAUUUUCUACGAAGGCAGGAAGGCAGAACUACAUAGCCAGGAGGUAGGAAUUUAGUUCCUCAGUGUUGUGACCAUGAAGGGACUGUGUGGUGAGAUGUUCGGCUGGGACAGCUCGUUGGGAUGCCGCCCGUGUUUCACCUGUGUGACCUGGCCUGACGAUCCUCACUGCCGGGACUGUCCACUCCUCGAGACCACGCCCGGGUACGAGGCCGCAACGACUUCAGCAGGCUGGAGCAGUACUACAACCGGCCGGCAGGAGGAGCUGUGGACUACUGCAGUAGCUGAUGUCGUCACCAGUACCUUCCGAGAGCUGCUGCCCGACCUGCCGGGACCCCUGGUCCGAUCUACCGCCCCGCCUGACACCCUGGAGACAGUCGGUCCGGCAGGGCAACAGGGUUUUGAUGAUGAUCUGACGUUGGUUGAGCUGGCUGUAGUGGCCUUACUGAGCGGCCUGGUCACGUUCCUCCUGGUGCUGGUCCUGCUGAGCUGCGCUAGCUGCGGCGUGAGGAUGUGGCGCCGCCGGUGGGGCGAGGACACCCGCACCGUCACUCUGGAGAAAACACCUGAAGAAGUCACCUUUCUUACCCCGCACUGAUGAGCCCGCUAUAUUGCAAGGUGCCUUUUUCGGCAUGGCCGCUAGGUGGCACCCCAGCUCAGCUCAGCAAUUCUGUCCAGGAAGGACUGGAUACCAGUUGAAAGCCAACUGAAAUGACAUACAUUACCUAAGCAUCUGUCAUGGAAUUUACUUUGGAUAUGUAAUUGUCAUAAUAAAAAAAUCAUUGAGAGUUUCUGAAAGAUUUACUUUCUCAAUUCAUCAAUGCACUAGAAACUACAUUAA